AGAUUUCAGCCGCAGUCGUAGACGCUCGGUGGCCACGACCAGAUCGGGGCCCCGGCACGAGAGGUCCCGCGUGCACAACGAGCCGCGCUCGUCGAUCGCGCUCGAGAUCGAUCGAUAGGUCGCGCCGGCGGCGGGGUCGCCCAAGUGUCGCACCACUUUCCACCUGGACAAGACGCGUGCGCGCGCGCGCGCGCGCGCAUGUCAGCGCGUAGCCGAGGACGCGCGUCGUAAUCCGCCGAUCGAUCGAUCGGCCCGGCAAGUCGGUCGGCCGGCUGGCCGGUCGGUCGGUCGAUCGAUCGAUCGAUCGACUCGCGAUCCAGCGCGAUCCGACACACCGCGUCGGCCGCAUCAUCCCCCCGCGACUCGGGAGUUCCAUCAGCGCGCAGCGGACGGACGAGUUGGCCGAGGGGCUGAGGGUGACGGGGACGAGGGUGAACAGGAACUCGAUGUCCGGCUCGUUAUCGAUCGAUCGGUCGACAGCCGGGAGAUGGAUGCAGCCGCGAAAGAUCGCCGUGGAGAUUCCGUGGCGGCAUAGAUCGAUCGGUGCGACGAUCGUGAUACCUGCUGGUGUACAGUCGGUGCGCGCGAGUCUGACGCAGCCGCUCGUCGUCUGGGUCGUCGCCGACCUCGCGGCGGACGAUCGUCCGAGAUAGCCGCGCGAGCGCGUUCGCGCGCGCGCACGCAAAUUGGCCGAUUUCCCUUGGCCCGAUGACACUCUCCUCCGGGGACUCCUCGAAGGCGAAGACAGCCGGACACCCGCCGGGACUUCCGGGCAGACGACGAGCUGAGGAGGCGACGACGAGGAUGGUCCGAAUGCGCGGCGCAUAAGGAAAUCACUGACCCAGCCAGCCGGCCAGAGAUGUGCUCACGCACGCGACUCCUCCUCCUGGCGCUGACGCUCGUUCUGCUGAUCGGCAGCCAGGUCCGCAGCGGCAGGUCGCAGCGGCCGCGGCUCGGCGGCGCCGUGAACGUGUUCAGCCGGUAUGGCUACCUGAGCAUCAGCAUGCGAGUGGUGCCGCGGAACGACACGGAGACAUGGGUGUUCCGCGAGCCCACGCUCGACGUCUUCAAGAAUCCCGCGCCGAUGGCGCUCAAGCAACGUCAGCAGGGCAAGACCGGCGCCGCCGUCUUCGACGGCGACUUCCACAUGGAGUUCUGCGACAACAUCAGACAGCUACUACAGGCGUACUUCCGCGACUUCACUUUCGAGAAACUCGAGAGGCCGUGGCACGCCUUCACCGCAAGCUGGUCGAAGGUUGCGAUAGCCAAACAUCUCGGCAUUAACUCGUCCUUCAUCACGGGCGACCACUGUUACGUCUUGGUGCGCGUCGCGAGAUUCCGCGACAUUCAACGGCUCGCCGGCACCGCCGAGACGCUGAUCCUCGACGACUCCGUGCUGCAGCAAACGGAGAACAUCACGCUCGGCGACACCGCGAGCGUCGUGCGAUUCAUCAGGAACUUCGGCUCGCACUACAUCGCCUCGUACAUCACCGGGAACUCGCUCUAUCAGGUUUUCGUGUACACUCCGCAGGUGUACUCGCGGAUAAAGGAACGACUGAAGACGCGCGGCGUGGCGGAGCUGUCGACUCUCGAGCUGAGCAAUUACUUCUCGCCGUGGUACGCCGAGCACAUGGGCUCCAUACAAUCGGCGAGCGGCAACCGCAGCGUGGAGGCUUGGGCCGUGCAGCGUCUUCGAGUACAGUACUACAUCUUCACUUACGCCAGCCUGCUGAAGCUGCACGGCGACACGGCGCUGCUCAAGCAGCUGGACGGUCUGCUGGGGGACGAAGCGUUGCUGCAGCUGCAGCUGCGGACGUUGGCGCCCGCUUUCAAGGAUCCCAAGAGGCGCGACUGGUUUCUUGAAGUGAUCGACAAUUAUUUCAAGCUCUGGGAGGUGAACAUGUGACACCGCCAGCUAUGCUAUGUUUAUUACGGACGAGCUCGGACGAGCCUUCCCGGAAGCUUUACCGGGAAGCUCGCGUAUUUAAGCUCGCGCUCUCGUAGGUCAUUAAAUGGCGACCGGCCGCUAAUGAUUCCUCGCCGUGUCGCGGAUCUGUCCCGCGACACUCGGGGAGUGAUCGUGAUGCGACCUAACGCCCAGCACGUUAUUUGUCGACGUUAACUAUAUAGGUUCCUGUUGGACGGAUAUAUCGUGUUCCGCCACACACGCACACAUACUCACGCAGAGACACAUAUACACAUACAUACACACAUAUACACACAAAUACAGGUGCGAUAGACAAGAAUGCGCGUGCAAGAAUGCGCGCCGUGUUUUGUUAUAAAUAAAUAUUUAUUAUUGUAAUCAUUAGUAGAAAAAACGUGUCUUUAUACAAACAUUUUUAAUAUAUCACAAGCAUUAUAUUCGUAAUAUCUGACUGAAGAACAUGGUGUGUCUCGCGCGAUAUACCGCAAGUUCUUUACUCGAAAACGAUCCAUUGAUAACCGCGUCAGGGACAAGAGGUGAUGUGUUUUUGGGAGUAUAAAAAAGGAUUUGUGCGUUUCAUCCGUUUCAAACUGAUAUGCGCCCUCCUGUUGCACGCGAAUAGGCUCAGCGGAUCGUUACCUCGCUUGAGAUACGAAUUUACACGUAUAGUUAAUGUAUCGUAUUGUAAGACCUGUUUUUUUUUUGCCUUUUUUACGAAGCAGAGAACGCUGUUCUCGCGCACUCCCGCGGAUAGGGAGCGAAGAAUUUACAGAUGAAUUCGCAGCGCGACUGUGUAUCGACGUUGUAGAGAAUUGUAGAUAUUG